GGUCUGUUCACUACCUACGUCGCUCCGUCGCGCCGCUUGCGCAGCCGCUAUCUAUAAAUGUGAAUGUACUGUGGAACGUACAAAAAAACAUUGCGAAUUUUAUCUAACAUAAGCAAUCGACACAAAUAGUACGAUUUCUGAGAAUUUCGAAGUGUUCAUAGUGAAUAAAAUUACUAAAUUUGUGGAUAAAGUGAUUGAAAAUAGUGAAAGUGUUUGUGCCAGACUAGUUAAAAGGAUUGUUUACGCAUUCACUGGAAUUUUAUAGUGGUAUCAGAAUGCGUAAAGGGAAAUCUUGAAUCGAAAAUAUGGGCAGUGCAAAGGUAUCAAAUGCCACACAAUCAACUAUGGCGGAAACGGAGAAGAAAUCCAUUAAGAAGCUCCUGAGAGAGCUAUUUAAGAUAGACAAGAAGAAAGAGAAAAUCGCGCAGCCCGCCAAUGUGGAGCCGGAUAAGACUACGUCAACGCAAGUUGUUGAAAACAUACUUGAGAAGAUUAAAAAGCUAGAUAUAAAGGAGCAAGCGCACGAGAGCGAAGACGAGGACGAAUUCAAGAACUUCACCUUCAAGACGGUAUCUGUUGAUAACCUCAGAGCGGACCGGUCUCAGUCACAUUCGUCGGAAGACAGUGGCUUCGCAGAGAAAUACGUGCCGGAUUUGGAGGAAGGGAAAGAGAAAGAGAGAGACGAUGAUAUAACGGUACCGUUUGAGAAAUUGAACUUGAAAGAUGGGAAAAGGGAGAAGAGAUUGCAGACAGUGGUUAUUGCUAGAGGCCCUAUAAGACACAAAGGUGAUUCGAACAGACAAACUGGACCUUAUUCCGUGCAGACGGAUACAUGUCGACAGAUCCAAAUAAACAAGCACACACUAACAGGCGGUCAAGUGAUAGUCAAUCCAAGAAACGUAGACUUCUUAGAAUUCGAUAAUGCCCUCAAACAAGUGCAACAGACGUCAGAGCAAUCCCACCACGAGUAUGGCGGGGAAUGGCUCAACAUCGUCUCUGAAUAUAUACGAGAAGACUCGCUCAAGAACUCAAAUGAAGGUAACAAUAUGCUAUCAGAAUUCCUGCAAUCAGAAGAACUGCAGAGCAAUUGCGAGAACAUUAUCUUAACACCACCACACCAAGCCCCGGAGAUAUCACAGCCCAACCCGAUUGAGGAGUUCACGAAUCACAUACAGAACGAGUUGUUUGGAGAUGUUUCAGAUUUGACGAUAUUGAACGAGCUAGCUGAUAUACCUGACAAUCAAAAUCAAUACUUCUUGACGCCACCACAUUCUGUUAACGCGUACAGUCCCAUGUCAGAUUCUGCUUCUUACAAGAAUUCUGAUUAUACUUAUUCCCCUGGAAGAUCUUCUAUAUUGUCGCCGGAAAGAUCUUCGCCUAUAUGCAGUGGUGAUUACGAGAAGUUCCAAGAGAUAAGCCCAUACGAAGACACUUCUGGCGCAUGCAAGAAGAGCGUCGAACGAAAGGAUUCGGGCUCUUCUAUGACGUUGAAGCAAUACAAAGAUUUGCAGAGGGAGAUAACUCAUUCUUUCUCAAAGAAAGACUGCUGUCUACUCGAGAGGACGACGUGCAAACAGAUCUUCCUGGAAUACUUGCAACGGUUGAGCCAGGAGCAACGGAAAAACAUGUGCCUCAAAGUCGCCAAGUUGGAUUUGAAUAACGCUUACGGUGUUCUACAAAAUAUUCUGAUCAGCUUGUCGCAGAGUAACGAGAUGGAGGAUCUGCAGUGUGCUCUCUUUCGUUUAGUGUGCGAGAGAGUGUUGGCACAGAAGCCCGAUUGGUUCGUCGACGACUUCGGAUUGAAUCUUCUGAAGUCGGCAGCGUUACGCUGCCAUCACAGGCCCGAACUAACGAGAUGCCUGGUGCAUUGUGUUAGAAACGCUAUAAAACACGACUCUGCUUUAGUACAGGGACGAGAAUCGGUCUUCCAUGAGGUGGACGCGUUGGGUGACACGUUGCUGAUAGCUUGCGUGAGACGCGGCGAUGCUUGCGCCAACGUACUGGCCGAGUUGACGCGACGUGACGUCGGUGUCGAACAGAUACCUCUGUUCAGAGUUAACCAUUUUAAUGCUGACGGAGCGUCAGCGUUGCACGUGGCGUGUAGCGAACACUCGGCAGCCACGCCGCGGCUGCAUUGCGCCCACAUACUGUUGGAGCACGCCGGCGCUGACUUGUGGCUAGGGGAUGCGAAAGGUGGUGAUACGGCCCUACAUAUGGCUGUUAAUUCUCGCACGUGUGACUUGACCCUUAUAAUGGUGAUAUUCAGCCAUUUAAACCGAAAAGAGUGGAAGAAACUUGCGCAUGCGCCUAACACAUGCUCUAAAUCGCCGUUGGAGAACGCGCGUUCUGCGAUGCGAUCGCCGUCGCGUGAGAACUACCCUCCAGAAGUAUUGGAAUUCUUGAAGAAAUGCCGUUGAGUAAACGCCAAUACUGUGCAACAAAACGCAUUGCUAGAAUAAAAUCGAAAAUAAACACAAAAUUGUCUUGUUUGUUUUGUUCUAAAUAAACUUGUGAUUCUAAUGAAUUAGAGAACGCAAAGAUCUUUGUGAAGACAUGGGUUUUCUAAUAAAUAGAAAUGGUGCUGAAUAUUCGUAUGUGAACUUAUAACCUCAAAUCAGAGAAAUAGAAUGAUAUUUUUUACUAUCAUUGCGUUGAAAACGCCGCCAAUUUAAAUACGUUCUAUGGAUAUGAAAAUUGGCAAUUGAAUUUACGUACAUUAACAUCCAGAUAAUAUUUUGAU